AACGUACAAUUGAAGAUAUAGGAUUAUCAAAGAGUUUAAUGAAUCUUUUACUUAGUUUAGAGAGAAACAUGGCAGAUUUUGAUACGAUUGAAAAAAUCUCUCAAGAUUUAUUAAAUAUCUUGGGUCCAAUCACCGAAUAUCAAAUAAGUGGACGAGAAGGAAAGGAUGGAAAAGAUGGAAAGGAUGGAAAAGAUGGAAAAGGUGGAAAAAUUGGAAAAGCGGGAAAAGGAUUAUUAAUAUCAUUCUUGGAUAUAAUAUAUGAAGAAAUGGAAUGGUUAUUAAAUAGGUUAAAAGGAUUCUGUAAUAUUAAUGAUGAUGAAUCAAUUAAUUCAGAAGAAAUUGAACAUGAAAUUUGUUUGAGAUUGUUAAAACUUAUGAACGCCACUUUAUACUUGGAAGAAACUUCACUUCAACCACCUUCUUCAGAAAAUCUGAUUAAAUGUUUACAGAGAGUUUAUAAAGUAUUAGUAGCAUUAACAAAAUAUAAAAUUUCAGAAGCAGGCGAAAUUAAAGAACAUUUUAUUGAAGUAAUUAAAUUGGCCGGAUUAAAAUUUACCGAACAGAUGUAUAAUUUUCUUACGGCAUUUUUAUCAACAAAUAAUAAUAAUAAUAAUAAUAAAAAAGGUGGAAAAUCAAAGUCACGAAUAACGAGAGAAUCUAAAAUAGUACCUGAUUUGAUUUUUAUUUUGGAACAAUUUGAACGAUAUUUAUUACAAUUGUCAAAGAAAUCAAAGACUGACUUAAUGCAAUACAUCACAGUAAGCACAGCGCGUGAUUUUAAGAUCAAAUCGGAAAAAUUAACUGGAAAGAAGAAAUCGAAAAAAUCUAAAUCGGGUGAUAAU